AUGGAGGAGGAGGAGAUGGAGGUGCCAGAGAUGGAGGAGGUAGAGAUGGAGGAGCCAGGGAUGGAGGAGCCAGGGAUGGAGGAGGCAGACAUGGAGGUGCCAGGGACCAGCGGGACACAGGAUGCCCCCACACGGCCCGUUCCCGUGGAUGCGUCCACGGCUGUAAAGCGCCUGCAAAAGGAACUGACGGACAUCACUAAGGACCCCCCUCCCAUGUGCUCUGCGGGGCCAGUGGGAAAUGACAUUUUCACAUGGAGGGGGAUCAUCAUGGGCCCCUCCAACAGCCCCUAUGAGGGAGGGAUCUUCUCCCUAAAUAGAUACUUCUCACAUGAUUACCCCUUUUACCCACCAUGGAUUUACUUCACCACCUGGAUAUACCACCCCAAUAUCGACAGAAGAGGACAUUUCCAUAUAGACAUUCUGAAGUCCCAGUGGUCGCCUGUGCUUACCAUAUCCAAAGUAUUGUUAUCCAUCAGCUCCAUGCUUUGCCACCCCAAUCUCGAUAACAUCUUAGUCCCAUCCAUUGCGAGAAUGUACUUAAGGAAUAGGGAGAAGUAUAAUACUUUGGCACAGGCUUGGACGAGAAAAUAUGCCAUGUGA